CCACGUGUUCGCCAUUGAAGCGUCGUUCACUUUCUCUUUGUGACGGCGUGAGAAAGGAAAGCAGAGAAAAGAAGAGUAAGGUGGGAGGCACACGCACAAAAAGAGAGUCGGAAUCUCCAGUAUUCAAUCGGAGACAACACCAACUCAGCCGGAAGAAGUAGAGUGCGCGGCGAAAAUGUGGCGGUGCAUCGCACGGGGGCUUCGUGGGGCUGCCUCUACCACCAGAUCCACCUCUAGUCACCCUCUCGGAUCUCACCUUUGUAGAUUCUUCUCCAGUGGGGUUAACUCCUCGUAUACCGUGGUGGAUCAUACUUAUGAUGCUGUUGUCGUAGGUGCGGGUGGCGCGGGAUUGAGAGCUGCUAUUGGACUUUCAGAACACGGGUUCAAGACUGCUUGUAUCACCAAGCUCUUCCCCACUCGUUCGCACACGGUUGCAGCUCAGGGUGGUAUAAAUGCUGCUUUGGGAAACAUGACAGAAGAUGACUGGAGGUGGCACAUGUAUGACACUGUCAAGGGAAGUGAUUGGCUAGGUGAUCAGGAUGCCAUACAGUAUAUGUGCAGGGAAGCACCAAAAGCAGUCAUCGAGCUAGAGAACUAUGGUUUACCAUUUUCCCGAACGGAGGAUGGAAAAAUAUAUCAGCGUGCAUUUGGUGGUCAAAGCUUGAACUAUGGGAAAGGAGGUCAAGCAUACCGCUGUGCAUGUGCUGCUGAUCGAACUGGGCAUGCUUUAUUGCACACUCUCUAUGGUCAAGCUAUGAGACAUAAUACCCAGUUUUUUGUGGAAUAUUUUGCAUUGGAUCUCUUAAUGAAUAAUGAUGGCACCUGCCAGGGAGUAAUUGCCUUGAAUAUGGAGGAUGGAACACUACAUCGUUUCCAAGCUGCCUCAACAAUUUUGGCCACAGGGGGUUAUGGUAGAGCAUACUUUUCUGCAACCUCAGCACACACAUGUACUGGAGAUGGCAAUGCCAUGGUUGCACGUGCUGGGAUCCCUCUUGAGGAUUUGGAGUUUGUACAAUUUCACCCAACUGGUAUAUAUGGAGCAGGUUGCCUUAUAACAGAAGGCUCUCGUGGUGAAGGUGGAAUUCUCAGGAACAGUGAGGGUGAGCGAUUUAUGGAACGAUAUGCUCCUACUGCAAAGGAUCUUGCAUCAAGAGAUGUAGUUUCGAGAUCAAUGACAAUGGAGAUCAGGGAAGGUCGUGGUGUAGGACCCCUGAAAGAUCACAUCUAUCUCCAUUUGAAUCACUUACCCCCAGAUGUGCUCAAGGAGAGACUUCCUGGAAUCUCUGAAACUGCUGCUAUUUUUGCUGGUGUGGAUGUUACAAAGGAACCCAUCCCUGUUUUGCCAACAGUACAUUAUAACAUGGGCGGUAUUCCCACAAACCAUUAUGGAGAGGUGGUUACCAUUAAAGGUGACAAUCCAGAUUCAGUGAUUCCUGGAUUGAUGGCCGCCGGGGAAACAGCCUGUGCAUCAGUCCAUGGUGCCAAUAGGCUUGGUGCAAAUUCUCUUCUGGAUAUUGUUGUUUUUGGUAGAGCUUGUGCAAAUAGAGUUGCAGAAAUCCAUAGACCAGGAGAGAAACAAAAGCCUUUAGAGAAAGAUGCUGGUCAGAGAACAAUUGCAUGGCUGGACAAAUUGAGAAAUUCAAAUGGUUCAUUGCCAACUUCAAAAAUUCGGUUGAAUAUGCAACGAGUUAUGCAAAGCAAUGCUGCUGUGUUCCGUACACAGGAAACGUUAGAAGAAGGUUGUCAAUUAAUUGAUAAAACGUGGGAGAGCUUCCAUGAUGUUAAGGUCAAGGACCGCAGUUUAAUAUGGAACUCCGACUUGAUUGAGACUAUUGAGUUGGAAAAUCUUUUGAUAAAUGCUUGCAUCACAAUGUACUCUGCUGAAGCUAGGAAAGAGAGUAGAGGAGCUCAUGCCCGUGAAGACUUCAAGGUUAGAGAUGAUGAGAACUGGAUGAAACACACUGUGGGAUACUGGGAGAACGAGAAGGUCCGGUUAGACUACAGGCCAGUGCAUUUAAAUACAUUGGAUGAUGAGGUUGAAUCAUUCCCUCCCAAGGCUCGUGUCUAUUGAUUUCCUUGCUAAUGGAUGGUUAGACUUGUCGUCUCGAUGUUUAAGGACAGGAAAAAAAAUGCAAUAAAUUUUAUUUUUGAUGAUAAUUGUUGCAUUCGUCAUCAAUGUUGAUUCAUAUUCCUGUCAUUCUCAAAUAAAACUGUAUUUGCAGCAAAGAAUCAUAGCAAUACAAUUCUAUUUAACUGCUUGUAUUUUGACAAGCUUUUUGCAAA